AUUGGUAAAGUGGCUUUUCUAUGUUCUUAUUUUCUUGGAAAUUGAUUUUACAAGUAUUAUUUUACUGGGAUGCUUAUCAACAUUUUCAUUUUUUUCAAAGUGUUGACUUUAAGGUGAAAACAAUUUCAGUGGAUGGCAAUAAGGCUAAACUUGCAAUUUGGGAUACUGCUGGUCAGGAGAGGUUCAGAACAUUAACUCCCAGCUAUUAUAGAGGUGCAGAGGGUGUGAUAUUAGUUUAUGAUGUCACAAGAAGAGAUACCUUUGUCAAAUUGGAUAAUUGGUUAAAUGAAUUGAAAACAUACUGCACGAGAAAUGACGUAGUAAACAUGCUGGUUGGAAAUAAAAUUGGAAAAUCGUGAAGUCGAUAGAAACGAAGGCCUGAAAUUUGCACGAAAGCAUUCCAUGUUAUGUAUAGAUUGGCUUCCUCCACGGCCACCACCUCUUGGUGCUCCGCGGCUUGAACUGCUGUAGGAAUCACGUGGAGGAGGGUACCCCCUUUCCAUAGAAGGGGGAAGCCCUCUUUCUUGUCUGCCA